AAUCUUUCCUCUGGACUCCACCCAAGCAAGCAAGCUCCCUUCUCACUCUCAUUGAUGCAUUGUGGUUUGUGGUUGCAAGUUAGAUAGAUGGACUAUGAAUGUGUCUCUACUAGCUAGCGACUAGAUCACCGUUCUGAUUGGAACAACCAGACUGUCAUAAAGUUGCUUGCACUGUAGAGAAUUGCGAAACGGAUGAAUCGAAUCAUUAAAUCCUCUACUAAUCCUGCAACGUUGGAUCUCUCAAGUUUUUCGAGCGAGAUCAGGCAAAUACCGAACUGUUUUGCUGGUACAAAUUCAAGUGGCCUUCCAUUCCAUAUCAUUGGAGUGGUGAGAAUAAUCAGCUAAGAAUGCAGGCAGAUCAGGACGACAAGAAACCAGAUCAAGAACAAGAAGAAUCUGUUUUCACGGAGGGUGACGAUCAUUCAUCAUCGUCGUCAUCUUCUGCAAAGCCAUCGAAUGAUAACGAGAAGGUCAAACCGGGCAAGCAUGAGAGUCCAUCUGAUUCAGGAGAAGAAGAAGAAAAGAAAGAGUACAAGUCGGAUUCUUCGUCAUUAGUAGAGGACAGCAACCUCAAGGAAAAGACUAGAGAGGAGGAAAAUGACGACAACUCUUCAAAACGUGCCCGCGACGGCGGGAAAAUAACUGUGGACACCGACGAGAGGCUUUCGGAAGAGGACGGAGAGGGUGCAGAGGAGGAAGAUGGACGAGGAUCUUUGGGAGAAGCUGAUUCCGAGGACGAGAGUAAUCUUGAAAACAACAAUCAGCACCAUACAGAAUCUUCCAGGGCUGAAGCACCGGUAUUUGAGGAGUUGGGAGUUCCCUUCUUGCUGUAUCGAAAUCACAACGAGGAAGAUGCGCUCCUUCUCGAAACCCAACCAGGGGGUAAUGCUCCAUGGGCUGCUCGACAACAACACACUGGACCAGAACUACAAGCAAAGUUUAUCCAUUCCAAUACCAUGGCCUUGCGUCGAAGUCAAGCUCGAUGGUACUAUCCAAUGGACUAUCCAGUGGUUCAAGCCGCUUUGGUGGAACAACCAAACCAAAAACGUCGGAAGCGAAGGACUGAUCCAGGUUCCACUUCUGACAAGAAGAGCACGCAUAAUCAGUUGGAUCCCUUUCGAAAUGAACAAGCGGACAGCGCGAGGGGAUUCUUUGAAUCGAGAGUCUUUGGUUUGGUGGAUUCCGCGCGUCAAACAAUGCUGGACACGGCAGACCAUCCAGACGACAAUGACGUUUACUGUAUGCACAAUCAGCCGUUUGCUACACCGGACUACACAUGGGAAGACAUGGUUCGAUCCAAGAGUUUCAAGCGGCGAAAGCUUCUUCAGGCGUACCGAAAGUCGGAUUGCACGUACAUUCCAGCAACGUGGAAACACCAACGUGGCCGGAAUAGUAAGGAACCGCCCAAACUUCAUUUGAAUCAGUCGCGACAAAAUGAUUCCAAGUUCUUCGCGCAACAACGGUUGGAUUUGGCAGACCCAGCAUACCUUGCUCCGUUUCCCCUCCAAAGCUUGGUGCAGUCGCUGCAAGAGGAUGAUGGUGAUGAUGAUGGAGAUGCAUAUGGCAGCCCCAACAGCGACAACGACAAACACAGGAAUACUCGUCCCGAUUCUCUACGAAAGAGUCGACAAAGGCAAAAGCAACAUCCCCAGCCAAAUGAUGAUGAUGGUGCCGUCUUUGGGAACUGCAUUGCUUGCGCGCCGUGUACGUGCCCAGGUUGUACCUCGCAUGAAAAAGGCCCCAAUUGGUUUCUCCUUCACCCCGUGGGAGAGCUGUUGGAGACAAUUGUUGCAUCUACUUUGAAAACACGAUACGGACUUGCUGAUAAUGCCAUACUCAGAACCCAAGAAAACAUGAAACAGCAAAAGAAAGUGGCCAAGAGGCCUUCCUACAAUCAAAUCGACGUUGGAGAUUCUGUGCGUCAGAUUGAGCAAUGUGGAGGCCAGACUGGUUCUGUCUUCUUUGCGAGGACAACAAUUCACGUCACAGUGUUCUCGGUACUCCCUUGCCAAGACGAUAGUUUGGCCGACGAACGAAGGAGGCAAAAGAGGAACGCCACCAGUUCCACGAAAAAGCUCUGUUGGGGGACCUUUCAGCUGACCAAACUUCAGAGAAUCGAUCUCCGAUCAUUCAACAGACAUUCGUCUUCGUACUUUCCUCUCCACGUUGCAAGCUACACAACAUUUUCUGGCUCGUUUCUUACCGGUUACCAGUGUAAGGUUGUCGUAUUGUCCUCAGACUCUACCAAGGGCAUUGAGUGCAACACACUUCACCAUUUCCUGUUACCCAUACCGCCAGAUAAGAAGAAUUAUUCUACUGAAUCUCUUCCACAGCCACACUGCACCAAACAUAUCAUUCGAAACCUCCGAUCUAUUUCCCAGGUAGUUUUCUCCAACCGCCACCCCAUGGUUCUGUGGGCCUCUGCCCUAUCCUUUGUUCGACCAGCGCCUACAGCUGACCAUGCGAGUAGAAGCUCGAACAUUCAGCCUAGAGCAGGCCACGGGAGUGCAUUGUAUGAAAUUGAUCUUCGAACCAGCGAGGCAACGUAUCGAUGGAGCCCAAGUGCGGAGGACUUUCUGGUGGAAACAGUGCAUUCGAUAAGUUGCAUUGCUGUCAACAGCAGGAAUGAUGGUUCAAGCCGAAAAGACACCCUGUGGGUGAGUUCCAUCUCGGCGGGGAAAAUGUAUGAGCUCGAUCCAAGUUUUACAGUUUUGAGAGUCGUAAACAGUUGGUCUCUGGCAGGGUUAUGUGAUGGCUUCGGUGUGGCGCUGCCUCAUUUGGACAGUGGCGCUCUGAUCGUCAAAGCAGCAGUCUCGAAGACCACUGCUUGUCCAGGCUCUGACUGGAGUCUCCACCAGCUUCCUUUCGUUUCCAUCCGCGCAAGUGCAACAACUGGGAUUCAGAUGUUUCAAUCGGCAUCUGAAAAGCCUCCCUUUCAAGCCGACAAUCUCGAAACCGCCAUUUCUUGCGCCCUAACCCCAGCCCAAAGGAAGUAUGUUUGCAUGAGUUCAUUCAUCACCCUUCCCAAGUUCCCACCCAACAAAGUGGCCUGUGGACUUGCUUCCGUAAUGCUGCCGCUUUCAUCCUUCGUAGCUGAGGGUGACCGUGUUCGAGCGGGUAUCCCAAGUGACGCAUGCGAUCACAUCAACUGCCUGAUAACAAUGGUUAGCUCCGGGGAUAUACAAGCGCAUAUCCUUCUCGGUUCCUCUGAUGGAAUAUGGAACAACUCGGAGCUGCCGGGGGGGAUUCCGUUGGGAAUCGGCGCGGGGGUCAGUAAGUUAGCAACCUCGAUUACUACAGUGGCAAACAAUGGACCAGAAUAUAAACUUGCAGGGGGCAUGGGCCUCCACUUGGGUGUCCAUGUAGACAUGAACCAAGAGAGGAAAUGGCCAUCCACUGAACGGUGGGGCGGGAGCGAACAGCGUAGCGUGAGGCCGUUCAAAUACUCUGAUCUUCAACGUCUGUCCGCUGGGGAGAGACACGACCCUGAGGGUAAUGCUGAUGAUUCCUACAUCAUUCGCCGGCUCCGCAAUCUGCAUGACAGUCUCCCGGCCCCUCUAACACGAGAAUCGCAACGGGGCAUGGGCUGUCCAGAUGUUCGGCUGGGUCAGGUGGAUAUUGAAACGAGUGUUGAGGCCUUCCAAGCUAUCAUGACUGGCGAAAGAAAUCCAUUGGACAGUUCUGGUGCCGUCACAGAAAAUGUCGAUAGGUCUGAUGUAACGAAUCAACUGUUGGAUAAAGUCAAACAACAAUGGGAUAAACACGGGGAGAGCGAUGGCGGCUGAAGUAAACAACGGGGACUUCUUUGCCAAAAGAUGGCGGAACUAAGCGAGCUACAUAGCAAAAGACAUGGAUCAAGUGGCGUCG